AUGGAACAAGGUGAUCAAGCAUCGUCUAGUGGUUCAUCUAGCAAUCUUGAUGUUGUAUCAAUGGUUAUUUGGCUAUCAACAGGAAAUGGAAAAUUUUUUGAAUUACAUGGAUCUCGUGAUAUAAUUAAACAAGUAUUACCAAAAUCAUCUGAGACUGCUUUUCGUUGGGGUUAUUAUAAUUCUCCAGCUGAUCCUGAUCGACAAUCAUAUACACAAGUACUUGAAGCAUUUCUUAAAGCUGGUUUUCGUAUUGAAGGUUCAUCAGGUGCAGGUACACAAGGUCUUCUUCGUACUCAAUAUAUACUUGUUAAACGUAAUUCUUCAUGA